AUGGGCGAAGCGUUCCAGAUCGUUGGCUUCCUCGGAUCUCUGCUGCUUGCGGCGUCGCUGGUGCCGCAGAUGAUGAAGCUCUACAAGACCAAGAGCGCCAAGGACAUCAGCUACUCGUACCAGAUCUCGUACGUGGUGGGGCUCGCCAUGAUCGUGGCCUACGGCUUUGGCCGGUGGCUCUGGCCCGUGUACAUCCCGGCCACCAUCGAGCUGAGUGCGGCGUUGGUCGUGUUCAGCAUGAAGCUCUACUAUGACUGGCAGGACAGGAAGAACUCGGACGUGAGCAAGGCCGCUGGUGCCAGCCCCGAGGUGGAGGUCGACGUCGCCUCGCCCGUCACGCGAAGUCAAUGCGGCGAGGCGGCAGCGCGGACGCUGUAA